AUGCUCAAUGGCCCAGGGUGCCCGGAGCGCACUGGUGGCUCUGAGGGCCAUGAGGCGAGGAUGUCAGGCGCUGAUGAUUCUGGUAGUGACGAGUACUGCCCGCACUGCGAUAACCACUUUGUGAUUGAUGCUGUGACGCCCAAGGCUGCGUUGCAGGUUGAGGGCGAUGAUGCUCGGAUUGAUUCUAGAAUGAUCAAGGACGACCGUGUACGGGAACACCAGGAAAAGUCGAUAUUCAAUUUCAAGGAUAUAUCGGAUCGGCUAGGCUGA